AUGGACAAGUGGGAAAUUAAACCAUUUAGUUUCAAAUCCUUGCAUAGGAAUACGGUGCGUGACGAGUGGAUGAAAUAUAAGCGGAAUUUCGAUUUCGUCGUCGCGGCCACUGGUGAAACCGAUAAAGAUCGUAUCCGAAACAUUUUCCUCGCAAAGGGCGGGCCGGAUCUUCAAGAAGUGUUUGCGUCCAUUCCUGGAGCUGACGUGAAGGAUGACCCGAAGAACGGAAUCGAUUCAUACGCGGUAGCUAUUGAAAAACUUGACACCUACUUUGCACCCAAGCAACACGAUACGUUUGAGCGUAAUCUGUUCUGGACAUUGAAACCGGAUCCAGAAGAGACCCUGGUGAAGUUUACGCUCCGUUGCCAAGAGCAAUCAACUAAAUGUGACUUCGGGAAGUCUUCUGAAGAGAGCAGAUCCAUCAGCGUUAUCGAUAAAAUUAUUUUGUUUGCUCCAAGUGAUUUAAAAGAGCAAUUAUUGCAAAAGGAUAAUCUAAAAAUUGAUGAAGUCACGAAAAUAGUGAGCUCAUAUGAAUCGGUCAAACAUCAGGCUCGAACAAUCAGUUGCUCCGCUAGUGGUUUUUCUGAGAAUGCUAUAUUGAGUCAAGAGGCAACCAGCUCUGUCAACAGGAUUCGACCUUCGACUUCGAGGGAGUGCAUACGUUGUGGCAAAGUGGGCCACUAUGCGUCCGAUCCUAAGUGUCCAGCGAGAGAUAAAGAAUGCAAUAAAUGCAAGCGCUUCGGACACUUUGCAAAUCAAUGUCGAACAACCGGUUCAGUGAAGCGUGAAUUCGAGGGGCCCAAAUUCAGUAACAAACACCCACGACAGGAACGGAUUCGUGAAAUAAGAGCUAAUACUGAACGACAAGAAGAUGUGAAGGAUAAAAGCUUCAUAUUCAAUAUUUCGGAUGGUGACGAACUAAUUAGGAUGUCUGUAGGAGGCAUAUUGCUGCAACUAAUGGUCGAUUCGGGGUGCAAGAGGAAUAUCAUUGAUGAACAAUCUUGGAAGUACUUAAAAGCAAACGGCGUUGAAAUUUGGAACCAGAAGAAAGAGUGCGAUGAAGUAUUCCUUCCAUAUGGCGAGAAUGCGAAACCCCUGACGGUACUAGGCUCAUUCGAUACUUCUAUUACGAUUGAAGAUGUGGGAAAGAUAACGGAAAAGGUAGCUACGUUUUACGUAAUUCGAGGAGGUCAUCAGUGUCUUUUAGGCAGGACAACUGCUACCGAGCUAGGUGUUCUCUUCGUUGGCUUGCCCAGUACUCGUGGUGUGAAUGCAGUAAAGGUUGAGGAAAAACGUUCGUUCCCGAAAAUCAAAGGGGUUAAGGUAUCUAUACCGAUUGAUAAAACCUUCCCACCUGUGUGCCAAAACCCAAGACGACCCCCAAUAGCUUUGUUGGCGAAAAUCGAGGACAAGUUGAACUCCCUCUUGGCGAACGAUAUCAUUGAACCAGUGGAUGGUGGUUGUCCAUGGGUAUCACCUUUAGUUACUGUCAUCAAAGAUAAUGGUGACAUACGCUUGUGCGUUGAUAUGCGUCGGGCAAAUGUUGCUAUUCUGCGAGAAAGGCAUCUGAUGCCCACAAUUGAUGAUUUUCUUCCACGGUUCGCUGGUGCGAAGUACUUUAGUCGCCUCGAUAUUAAAGAGGCAUUCCAUCAGGUAGAACUUGACGAGGACAGUCGAUAUAUAACGACCUUCAUCACCCACAUGGGCCUAUAGCGCUACAAGCGCCUUAUGUACGGGAUUGUAAUCGCUCCAGAGAUAUUUCAGAGGAUACUUGAGCAAGUUUUGAGCCGGUGUAGCAAAAACGCCGUGAACUUUAUUGACGACAUAUUGAUUUUCGGUAAGACAGAAGCGGAACAUAACGCGGUGCUUGAGUUGGUACUGUCCACUCUUAAGGAGUUUGGGGUACUACUCAAUCAAAACAAAUGUAUUUUCAACGUCCAAAAGCUGGAUUUCUUAGGACACACUCUUUCAUCACAAGGCAUACAACCCGCUCAGGAUAAGAUUUUGGCCAUCCGGAAAUUCCGUGCGCCUUCCAGUCCGGAAGAAGUUCGUAGUUUUUUAGGCCUCGUUAGGUAUAUCGGACGUUUCCUCCCAAAUCUGGCCA